UCAGCUGCAUGGGUUUUAAGUGGUUUCUGAAGCUUACACGAGGAUUCCACUUCUUGUUUCUCUUUCUUUUCUUCAAAGUGAUACUUGCCACCUCUUCAAACCCUCUCACUUCAACGCACACACACAGCUGUUAACGCGCUGUCCAAACACUUCCCAAAGAUUUCGCGGACAGGAUUCUCUGUCUCUGUCUCUUGCUUCUCGUCGACGCUACUUCUCAAGUUUUGUAACCGACACUGAAGGAGCGUAUGCCUGGGAAUAAGUAUAACGGUAACUCGAACGAGCACAUUCCAGGCCGUGUGGAACGGCUUGUGAGGGAAAGGGAACUGAGAAAGAAUGGGAGGGUGAGUCCCUUGACGGAGGUGAAUGAGAAUAACAACGGUCGCAGGGUUGAAGGGUUCGAGUACGAGCCUGAACAUGUGAAAAGAGAAGAGGGUGCUGUUGAUGUUGUUGAAAGGGGUGGUGCGGCGGCGGCGGCGGCGGCGAAGGAGGAAAGGCAAGAGGCCAAGGCGUUCAGACAGAGGCUGCUGGUGGUGGCUAACAGGUUGCCGGUGUCGGCAGUGAGGAAAGGCGAGGAUUCGUGGUCGUUGGAGAUAAGUGCCGGUGGCCUCGUCAGCGCGCUAUUGGGUGUCAAGGAGUUUGAGGCAAGGUGGAUAGGUUGGGCCGGUGUGAACGUGCCAGAUGAGAUUGGACAGAAGGCACUUACUAAAGCCUUGGCUGAAAAGUGGUGUAUCCCUGUAUUUCUUGAUGAAGAGAUCGUUCAUCAAUAUUAUAAUGGCUAUUGCAACAACAUAUUGUGGCCUCUUUUCCAUUAUCUUGGACUUCCACAAGAAGAUCGCCUUGCCACCACACGCAGUUUUCAGUCUCAGUUUGAGGCAUAUGAGAAAGCAAACGAAAUGUUUGCUGAUGUUGUGAACAAGCACUAUGAAGAGGGUGACAUUGUUUGGUGCCAUGAUUACCAUCUUAUGUUCCUUCCCAAAUGCUUAAAGAAACACAACAAAAAAAUGAAAGUUGGAUGGUUUCUCCACACCCCUUUUCCAUCUUCAGAAAUUCACAGGACACUGCCGUCUCGUUCAGAGCUCCUGCAUUCGGUUCUUGCUGCUGAUUUAGUUGGUUUUCACACCUACGAUUAUGCAAGACAUUUUGUUAGUGCUUGUACUCGCAUCCUUGGACUUGAAGGUACCCCUUAUGGGGUUGAGUAUCAAGGGAAGCUAACUCGAGUUGCUGCAUUUCCAAUUGGAAUAGACUCAGACCGAUUUAUACGUGCUCUUGACCUUCCCCCAGUUCAAGUUCACAUGAAAGAUUUACAAGAAAGAUUUAAAGGCAGAAAGGUAAUGUUAGGCGUUGAUCGCCUUGAUAUGAUUAAAGGAAUCCCUCAGAAAAUUCUUGCAUUUGAAAAAUUUUUGGAAGAAAAUCCUUCUUGGCGUGAUAAAGUUGUUUUGCUUCAAAUCGCUGUCCCGACAAGAACAGAUGUUCCCGAGUAUCAAAAGCUUACAAGCCAGGUUCAUGAAAUAGUUGGUCGCAUCAAUGGCAGAUUUGGAUCAAUGGCUACUGUUCCUAUACAUCAUUUGGAUCGCUCACUUGACUUUAAUGCUCUAUGUGCUUUGUAUGCUGUUACUGAUGUAGCACUAGUCACAUCUCUGAGGGAUGGAAUGAAUCUUGUCAGCUAUGAAUUCGUUGCCUGCCAGGAGAAAAAGAAAGGGGUUCUCAUUCUUAGUGAAUUUGCUGGUGCUGCACAAUCUCUUGGUGCCGGGGCAAUUCUUGUCAACCCCUGGAACAUUACAGAAGUUGCUGAUGCAAUUGCCAGGGCUCUGAAUAUGGAAUCUGCGGAAAGGGAAAAGAGACAUAAGCAUAACUUUCUUCAUGUAAAAUCCCACACUGCUCAAGAAUGGGCAGGAACUUUCGUAAGUGAAUUAAAUGAUACUGUUAUUGAGGCACAACUAAGGACAAGACAAGUUCCACCUCGGCUUCCAACCAAGACUGCAAUUGAGCGUUAUCAGAAGUCAACUAAUAGAUUGCUUAUUUUGGGAUUCAGUGGAACUUUAACUGAACCAGUCGAGAAAACAGGUGAUCAGAUUAAAGAAAUGGAACUUAAGGUGCAUCCAAAAUUGAGACAACCCUUGACAGCACUUUGCCGUGAUCCAAAUACCACAGUUGUUGUGCUCAGUGGAAGUGGCAGAAAAGUCCUAGAUGAUAACUUCAAAGAAUAUGACAUGUGGUUGGCAGCUGAGAAUGGAAUGUUUUUACAUCCUUCAAAGGGUGAGUGGAUGACAACAAUGCCAGAGCAUCUGAAUAUGGAAUGGGUCGAUAGUGUGAAGCAUGUUUUUGAGUACUUCAAGGAAAGAACACCUCGCUCACAUUUUGAUUUUGAAGAAAGGGAAACUUCACUUGUAUGGAAUUACAAAUAUGCAGAUGUUGAGUUUGGAAAACUUCAAGCAAGGGACAUGCUGCAGCAUCUCUGGACAGGUCCAAUUUCUAAUGCAUCAGUUGAAGUUGUUCAAGGGAGCCGAUCUGUUGAGGUGCGACCUGUUGGCGUUACAAAGGGAGCAGCCAUUGACCGCAUCUUGGGUGAGAUAGUGCACAGUAAAUCCAUGACAUCACCCAUUGAUUAUGUUCUUUGCAUAGGACAUUUUCUGGGGAAGGAUGAAGAUAUUUAUUCAUUUUUUGAGCCGGAUCUCCCCUCUAUUGGUGUGGGUCUUCCACAAAGCAAGGUAACAACAGAAGGAGUUAAGUGUCCUGUUGAGAGGAAACCAUCAUUAAAGGUUCCAGCUACUAAGAGUGGACCAAAAUCAUCUCAAAAUAAGGCACAACGGCCAGUGUCAAAUUCUGAGAAGAAAACAAAUAACCAUAUAUGCAGUUCCCCACGAAAGCCAGCACCCGAAAAGGUAUCAUGGAAUGUCCUUGACCUUAAGAAAGAGAAUUACUUCUCUUGUUCUGUUGGAAGAACUAGAACGAAUGCUCGGUAUACGCUUGAUUCACCGGACGAUGUCGUUUCAUUUCUGAAGGAGCUAGCCGGGGCUUCUUUCAAACUUUACCACUGAGUCAAAAUGGAGAAUUUGGAAGAACUGGAUCCAGGGCAUUCACUUUUUGGCGCAUUCACCUAUUGAGUGUAUGUAUAACUGUUGGAUGAAAAUGGGACUGUUUAUAUGUUUUAAAUCACUGCUUAUAAAAUAUGAAUUGUCCAAUCUUCAUCCAAAAGUUAUGUUUUGAAUAAGUGAAAAGACUGAAUGCAGAAUCCCAAUCCAAAUUUGGCACACCCUUCUUCACUUCCUACUCCAAAAGACUUUUAACAUGUACCAUACAAGUGUGGAAACCAGAAUAAUUUAUAACGGAAAGAAACAAAUACGUAGAAAAUUGAUGCUGAUCUUCAAUUGGAAGAUAUAGAAAGAAUGUAAGGCUUUAUAGUCAACUAACUCUUUGUAUAUUAGUGCUUCAUUUGGUUAUCUUUCUCUUUUGUACAAGGCUGUUGCCAUUCUGGAUCCUAUAACAAAUACGUCAGUAAAAGGAAAAAAAAAAACGAUACAAAUAAACGCAUUUGAGUUAUUAAAUUCAUUAAA